AUGAAUGUGUCCAACAACUGCAGUAUCACAAGUCUAGAACUUUAUCAGCAUGUCCGCCUCAUUGAAUUUGCUCUGUAUAACUUCAUUUUCUUUUCUGGAGCUCUAUUUAAUGCCCUUGCCCUCUGGGUGUUCUUCUGCAAGAUGAAGAAGUGGACAGAAACAAGGGUGUAUGUAAUCAACUUAGUCUUUGCAGACUGCUUUGUCAUCUGCACCUUGCCUUUCAUGGCUUAUUUGCUCUGGAAUAAGUCAACCCGAGGUGAACUCUGCCAGUUUAUAGAGACUACGUAUUUCAUCAACAUGUUAGUGAGUAUCUAUGUAAUUUCAUUUAUCUCUAUUGAUCGAUACAUUGCCAUAAAGCACCCCUUGAAAGCCAGGACCUUCAGGUCUCCAUCAAAGGCAGCCCUUCUCUGUGGGCUUCUGUGGGUCUCUGUGAUAAUUGGUGCCACUGCACAGAUUUGGCAGAGCAAAUCCACCCUCUGCUUCCAGAAGGAUACCACAGUGCCUGCUGCUCUGAGCCUGCUUUCCAUGUUCUUCAUUUUUAUUCUUCCAUUAGUAAUCUUGACUUUCUGCUCCACAGAAGUGAUCAGGAGCCUUAAAAGAUGCCUGAACACAAAUUCACCAGAGGAGAAAUCAAUCCAGAAAGCUGUUCGCAUUAUUUACGCAAAUCUGAUUGUAUUUCUAAUAUGUUUUCUACCAGCCUUCUUUGGAUUACUUGCCAGCUUCAUAAUGGAUAUUAUUGGAGCUACCUGUUUCAUGCUCCAGGUUAUGAAGAACAUCUCCUCCAUGACAAGGUGUAUUGCCACAUCUAAUUGCUGCCUAGAUAGUGUCUGCUACUACUUCGUGACCAGGGAGUUCCAUGAAGCCCUUCUGCCACCCAAAACCAGCAGUGAAAAAACAGAUCAAAUCCACCCCUUGCAGACACACACUUGCUAA